UCAACAGCCAGCAACAACAGCAGCAGCAACAACCAGCAAAGAACAACGACAACAACAACAACUCACUUCAUCUGCGACCCUUCUUAGAAAACCACUCCACCAAACACUCUCGCCCAAAAUGCCCGAAUCCUACUACAGCAGCGCCGGCUACACCCACCCGGUCGAGUACUACAUAAACUCCGGCCGCGGCCCCGGCUCCACCGUCGGCUCCGUGGCGCCCUCGACCGCCUCCUCCCAGUCCACCAUCCGUCCUACAUACGUGAACUCACAAGGCCAACUAGGCAUCGACUACCCCGCCAGCCAAAUCAGCAGCCGUGCCUCUCGCCAGUCCCACCAAGGCUCAUACCACUCCCUCCGUGACGUCGACCCUUCCGACUCCAGCAGCCAAGUCGGUUCCGUGGUAUCCACCAACUCCCGCGCCAGCCGUGCCAGCCACGCUUCCACCGUCCGCCCCGAUGACUCCCUCAGUCAAGUUGGAGCUUCUUCUUCUUCGGGCGGCAUGAAUCGCAGCAGCCACCCCCGCGGUCGCGGUCGUGACUUAUCCGCGCGAGAACUAUCCCUGCUCCAUGCCCAAGGUGGCUCACAUGCCCCCACGGUAGUUUCCCUCGCCUCGACUACUCAGUCUCAAAACCAGGGCGGCCCGCAAUUACUUCCCUACGCUGAUUCCGACGCUGGUGGGGGAUCCACUUUCUCAACUGAUAGCACGCUUGUGAUCGAUAUGAGGCGUGAUUCUAACCGGCGCCAACAACAACAACAACCCCCUCCCCGCAGCAGCAGCAGCAGCAGCAAUCAGCAGCAUGGUGGCAAUAACGGUGGUGGUAAUGGUGGUGGUGGCAAUGGAAGAAAUACUUACCCGUCUGAGCCCCCUACUGUGGUCGUCACGGAGGCGGAUAUCGCUCGCGGAAGGGAGAUGUGGCCUGGUUUGGAUCGGGAGAGUAUCAAGUGUAGGAUGAAGGUGGUGUUGAUUCGGGAGGAGGUGCAGAGGAGGGCGAGGGUUCAUCUUGGGUUCCGUUAGGUUGUUGAUGGUUUUGUUGGUGUUUGGGGCCGGUUGUGGCUGUGGUUGUGGUGCUGUAAGUUGUCUGGUACGGUAAGUAAAUGGGUGGGUCGACUUUGUUAGGGUCCUCGGCACUCAGCUUGUUGUUUUUGUUUUGGAUUUGUUGCUGUUUUGGGGUAAAUCAGUGGGGGAAUCUUGUUGUAAUAUGGGAUGUUGGUUGUUGAUGGUCGACACCUUGCUAGAUCUGUUAAUAUGGAAUGUUGCUGUUUUGUUCAAAGCCAUAUCGUGU